GUUCCUGCGUGUCCAGCAGCUUGCACGUUUCUAGCCAUGGAGGCGGAGCAGAUCAUGGAGGGGCAGCCGCAGGUUCCAGAAAAUCCCCACUCGGAGUACGGCCUCACUGAAAACGUAGAGAGGAUAGUAGAAAACGAGAAAAUAAACGCAGAGAAAACAUCAAAGCAGAAGGUGGAUCUCCAAUCAUUACCCACGCGUGCCUACUUGGACCAGACAGUUGUACCUAUCUUGCUACAGGGGCUUGCUGUUCUUGCAAAAGAGAGACCGCCAAAUCCCAUUGAAUUUCUAGCAGCAUAUCUUUUAAAAAACAAGGCACAAUUUGAGGACCGAAAUUAACUCCACUAAAAUGAGGACAAUUUGGCUGCUAGACUGAAAUGCUUAUUUGUCGCAACUUAUUUUCUGCUGUAAAAAUCCUUUAGAAACGUGACGUCUUUUUUUAAUCGUACAAUUUGCUUUACCUUCUGAGUUAUUUAAUAAAGAACACUUUACAUUUCAUUUGUUUACUUGUUUUAAACUAGCUAGUAAAAGAAUUUGAAAAUAAAGUACUGAAACCGCGCUACUGGAUGAACGUCUGAAUAAUUCCUGGGGUAUACAUCACCUGAAUGCGUGAAACAAAAGGCAACAGUUUGUUAUAGGAAUCAUACUGGUGAUCAUGCCUAUAACUUAAUUUGGUUUUAUAUAGCACCCUUCCCAUGCAAGGUACCUAAACAGAACGCAAACUAAUUAAAAAUAGUUAUAAUUGAUUUGAGGAUGGAUUGAUAAAGCACAGAGGAUAGAACUUGCAGAUCACUUGCAGUGUCCAUCAUUUUAGAUGCUUACAUUAAUGAGGUUGGCUGUUCAGCAUUUGUCAUGGGUCUCCCAUGUGUGGUGUGCUGGAUUUAACUGAAAUACAGAAAAAAGGCUGAAGGGACUUAACGAUUCUGUAAUUCAGUUCUGUAAUUCGGUUCUGUAAUUCAGUUACCUGUACUGGUAGUCCUAGUCGGUACAUUCUUUCUCUGUCAAACGUAAUCGUGAUCUAACCCAGUAAAAUACUGAAUCUUCUGUGUUUUGUUUUUUUUUUCCUUAGGUUUACUAAUGCAGUUUUGUUUGUUUCCCAUUCUUAACAUACCUUCUGAGAUGAAGUAGAGAUCUUAAGAGAU